UAACUCUUCUAUCUGCCUCUCCAGUGGCUCUAACGGCGAGGGAGUGUGAGAGUGAAACAGAGAGAGAGAGAGGAUUUAUUCAGCUUUGAGUGCAUUAAUGAGGCAGUAUAUACAAAACAUGGUUAAUGACAUUGUUGUGGACACAGGCCACAGAUAAUGCAGAUUGUUCCUUGCAACAAUCAUUAUGACCUUGUGUGGGAUUGCAUCUCUUUUUCACAGGGAAUCAUGAUCAUGCUGAAACUCUGGACUCUCCUUCUUGCCUAUGCGCUGAUCAUUUGUCAGAUGUACACCUCACAGGCAGCUCCAUCCAGAAAUAGUAAGGAUGCCUUGACGGAUGGAGUCACACUAUCCAAUGAUGAUGCUCAGAGGUUACUCAGAGCUAUCAAGGAGCUCAUACAGAUAACUUCAGAUGAACAAGAGCACCAAACAGCUGAUGGAAACAACAAUGCAACAGCACAGAAGAGGGCAUGCAACACAGCCACCUGUGUAACCCACCGCUUGGCUGACUUCCUGAGUCGAUCGGGAGGACUGGGACACAGCAAUUAUGUUCCCACCAACGUGGGUGCCCAGGCAUUUGGCAGACGGAAGCGACACGGCCCUGUGUGAGCACAAGAAUAGAAACAUGGACCGAGUGCCUGAAUUUGAGUGACAAAAUUGUAUCAUCAUCCAUCUACGAACACAACAGCAU